UUCCUCCUUGGCUGUUGCAAGUUGAGAAAGGAGGGAGCAGGAGGGAGAGGGAGGUACUCUCGGUCUUGCUUUUCUACAGAAAAAUAGUUAACUCGGCUGAAACUGAAACAGGACAAGACUUGUUAAAGAAAAACACCACCAGGCUGUCUCUCCUUCAUUCUCUCAGUUUCCUGCUCAAGGAAGCCAUUUUGUACAGGCUGGAGUCUAAGGACAACAAACUUUUCCCCCCCUUCUUACUCCUUCCUCAAGUGUUUCCUGUGAAAAUUGAGACUUUCUCAUCAGCAGAACAACUUCUUCACCCGAGAAGGAGGAGCGGUGGGUAGGAGGGGAGAAGUUUUUCUCAGUCUGUCUCUCACGCUUGCCUCGCCGGGAUAAUGAAAGAAGACGUGUGAGUGCAGAUGACAAAAGAUCAAGAGGGAGAGAUAGAAAGAAAGAAAAGAAGAAGCAGGUCUUCCUGGAUAGGGAUCUCCUCCUGACUCCUCUGGGAGAAGGGGUGGUCAAAGGGCAGAGACUCCCAGUAGCGGUGUGUAUUUGUCUGUGGAUCACCGUGUCGACACCCUCGCUCUCCUGCUCUUUUGAGGGAGGUAGAGCGUGCGCGUGUGUAGCGAGGGAUGGCCAACGCCAGCCCCUGUAUGUCGUCGGGACCCCUAUCCCAGGUCUUCUUCCACACGGGGGGCUCCUCUCCCCCAGGCUCUGUGGUGAUGCAGCAGGGGACCCCCAUGGCCGUGCCUCCCUCCCCUGCUCACGGUGGUCUCCCCCCUGUGGAACUGGGGGCUGGGCUGGGCCCUGGGGGGGUUGCCAAUUCCUACGUGCCCCCCACCCCAGCUGGGGUCUCCUUCAUCAUCCAGAUUGGGCUGACCAGAGAGUCAGUGCUGCUGCCCCAGACCGCUGACCUUGCCUACGUCAAACAGAUUGCCUGCUCCAUUGUCGACAUCAAGUUCCCAGAGUGUGGCUUCUAUGGCAUCUAUGACAAGAUCCUGCUAUUUAAACAUGACACAGGCACCAACAACAUCCUGCAGCUGGUCAAGGCUCCCCAGGACAUCCAGGAGGGAGACCUGGUGGAGGUGGUGCUCUCCGCUGCGGCCACCUUCGAGGAUUUCCAGAUCCGGCCUCAUGCCCUGAACGUCCACUCGUACCGUGCCCCGGCCUUCUGCGACCACUGUGGAGAGAUGCUGUUUGGACUGGUCAGACAGGGCCUCAAAUGUGACGGCUGUGGACUGAACUACCACAAGCGCUGUGCCUUCAGCAUCCCCAACAACUGCAGCGGCGCUCGCAAGCGGCGCCUGUCCACCACGUCUCUGACCAGUAGCCCGUCGCUGCGUCUGUCCACCAGUGAGUCCCUGAGCAGCGUGGGGACCAGCUCAGUCAGCACCUGCAUGGAGGAUGCCAGCCUGAUCCGCUCUCACACCACCCAGACGCUCCCGAACUCCACCUGUACCGCGUCAGCGUCCCUGGGCCUGUCCACCAGCGCCUCCAUCACCAGACCCAUGGCCCGCGCCAACACUCACAUGCCGCGGACCCCCAGCGAGGCGCGGCGGUUCUACACGGGCCGGCCGGUGCACCUGGACAAGAUCCUGAUGAGCAAAGUGAAGGUGCCGCACACGUUCGCCGUGCACUCCUACACGCGCCCCACCGUGUGCCAGUACUGCAAGAGGCUGCUCCGGGGCCUCUUCCGACAAGGGCUGCAAUGCAAAGACUGCAAGUUCAACUGCCACAAGCGCUGUGCGUACAAGGUUCCCAACGACUGCCUGGGGGAGACCAUUGGAGACAUGUUGAGUCCCAGUGUGGACCACGAGGUGCCUAUGGACUACAGCAGUGAGUAUGCCGACUCAGACAAGUCUUCUCUGAUGGACGAUUCAGACGAGGCCUGCAGCAUCCCUGGCUCUUUCUCCCCCGAGAGCAGCCAGGAUGGGGUCGGCGGGGACCAGAGCGCUAACAUCCCGUUGAUGAGGGUGGUUCAGUCCAUGAGGCAGACCACCCGUCGCUCCAGCACAUCCAUCAAAGAGGGCUGGGUGGUGCACUACAGCAACAAGGACACACUGAGAAAGCGGCACUACUGGCGUCUGGACUGCAAGUGCAUCAUCUUGUUCCAGAACAACACCACCAACAAGUACUAUAAGGAGAUCCCUCUGUCUGAGAUUCUGGAGGUGCGCCCCGCAGGUGACUUCACCCUGGUCCCGCCGGGCACCAGCCCCCACUGCUUCGAGCUUGUCAUGGGCACCAUGCGCUACUUUGUAGGGGAGGACCCCAACGUCCACGUCCCCGCCCUGCCCCCCACCACCCCCCAGGCCUUCCCCCCCACACCCCCCUCCCCCAGCAACGUGGUGCCCAAUAGCGGCGUGGGGCGGGAAGUGGCCAAGGCGUGGGAGGGCGCCAUUCGCCAGGCCCUCAUGCCAGUCAUCUUCCAGGAUGCACCACCGGUAGAGGGACACACUCCUCACAGACAGGCUUCAGUCAGCAUCUCAGUGUCCAACAGUGUGAUCCAGGAGAACGUGGACAUUGGUAUGGUGUACCAGAUAUUUGCAGAUGAAAUCCUCGGCUCUGGCCAGUUUGGAGUGGUGUAUGGGGGGAAGCACAGGAAGACAGGGCGCGACGUGGCGGUGAAGGUGAUUGACAAGCUGCGCUUCCCCACCAAGCAGGAGAGCCAGCUGAGGAACGAGGUGGCCAUACUGCAGAGUCUACGUCACCUGGGCAUAGUGAACCUGGAGUGUAUGUUUGAGACUCCAGAGAAGGUGUUUGUGGUGAUGGAGAAGCUCCAUGGAGACAUGUUGGAGAUGAUCCUGUCCAGUGAGAAAGGACGGCUCCCAGAGAGGCUCACCAAGUUCCUCAUCACACAGAUUUUGGCAGCUCUGAGGAACCUGCACUUUAAGAACAUCGUCCACUGUGAUCUGAAGCCUGAGAAUGUCCUGCUGGCCUCUGCCGAGCCCUUCCCCCAGGUGAAGCUGUGUGACUUUGGCUUUGCCCGUAUCAUUGGUGAGAAGUCGUUCAGGCGUUCGGUGGUGGGCACCCCGGCCUACCUGGCCCCAGAGGUGCUCCUCAACCAGGGCUAUAACCGCUCCCUGGACAUGUGGUCUGUAGGAGUCAUCAUGUACGUCAGCCUCAGUGGCACCUUCCCCUUCAACGAGGAUGAGGACAUCAACGACCAGAUCCACAAUGCUGCCUUUAUGUACCCACCCAACCCCUGGAAACAGAUCUCACCUGAUGCCACUGACCUGAUCAACAACCUGCUCCAGGUGAAGAUGAGGAAACGCUACAGCGUGGACAAGAGCCUGAGUCACUCCUAUCUACAGGACUACCAGACGUGGUUGGAUCUGAGGGAGCUGGAGACCAAGCUGGGUGAGCGCUACAUCACCCAUGAGAGCGACGACUGCCGCUGGCAGAUGUUUGCCCGCGAGCACACGCUCCCCUACCCGGCCCACCUGGUUCCCCCUCUGCCUGCGCCUGGCUCCGACGAUGAGGCUGGGGAGGACGCAGACAUGCAGGGGCUCACCGAGAGGGUCAGCAUACUCUGAGAACCUGGAGAACCAGCAGAACCAGAACCCACGAGGGCCCAAGGGACUCAAGACUGACCCAGGGAAGAGGAGGGGAGUGUGGGGAGCGAGUGGAGAGACAGAGGGGCUGGCUGGAUGGAUGGUUGGAGGUCUGGAGAGUGGGGAGGGUGAGGCUGGGAGGUUUAGCUGUAGAACAGCGCCUUCUAUAGACAUGAUCCUGUCCGUCUACUAAUGGUGUCCCACUCCUGCCCAAGCCUGUCCAAUCUCCAGACCCCAUCCUUGACCACUCUCUCUUCAACCCUAGAACUCUUUGAGUUUAACAGACUGCUCUUCUGUAUCCCACAAGGACAUACUGUAUCCAGUGGUCAGGGGAUGUGUAGAAUAUCGUUGCUGCAGUGUGCUCAUUCAGUCUAAACUGCAGUAUGGCAAAGGUCAGUUUGGAUGCGAGAGAGAGAGAUGGGGAGGGAGAGAGACAGACAAAAAAAAACAUUAAGGACUCGAUCGAUCCACUAAUGCGUAACUUAUACCCACCCAUAAACAAAUCCUUAUGAACCGUUCCUUUUUAUUUUCAUUGAAUGUGAUGAGUGGAAUCGCCCUGCAUGUGCUGUCAGACCUGUUUGCUGCAGACCAGUCAUUUAGUGCCUGUGAAUGGUAGAUAAAAGGCUUAUAACUGUAGGCAGCAGAUCA